AGCGGGUAAAGUCAUCAGCUGCAGCCAGGAAGAGGAGGCGGAGAGAGGAGGCGAGGGUGGUGGUGGGACAUUGGCAAUGAAGGCGAGGAGUGAGCAGGACGUACCACCACCACCGCAGAGUCUGCUGCGGCUCGCUGGCUGCCGUGACUGACUAGCCUACACGUGCCGCCUCACCAGGACUAACUCCCAGUUCCUGGCCGCACCCCGAACAUUGUGAACGCGUCCUCGGGUCCCUUUACACCCAAGUUUCUGAGAGGAGCCGCGCCACGCAUUCCCACUACCACUCCCCGCACGCCAAAGAGCAUCUGUGAUAGAUGGCGAUAGUGAUAACGCGUCGUGAACUACAGUGAUUGGAUAACUCAAGCACUAAAGUGAAACUUUCCUCAUCCAGAUCUACAACAGAAAGCUGAAACUCUGGAUCACUUCCCUUCAGUGCGUUGAAAUUCCUUUUCUAGUCUUGGAACUUGCGAGAGACGCUGAUAUCUCUACAUGAUGACUCUUAACAGUGCAGAAACGCCAAAUGCUGACGACAGACGUGGAAACAUAGAGUCAAGGUGGUGAAAUUUUGAAUAAUUGUCUGAACUUUAUGGUGCAAGUGUGAGACAGCGGUGCAGUGAAGAGUAGAAAAGAUAACUGAGAUAAGGUGCCGACAGAAAAAACAGGAUUUCACGAUGAGUGAAAGAUAAAGACCUUACAAGUAACAUCUAUUAAUUAUGGAAGGAGAGAAGGUGCAGGCGGAGGCCAACGAGCUCAAGUGCGACGUGUGUGGGAGGGAGUUCGACCGUCGGUCCCGCCUCGACGCCCACUACAAGACCCACACAGGGGAGCGUCCCUUCUCGUGUCCCUUUUGUGGAAAAACAUUUGCCUCUAAGGGUAACUGCAACACCCACAUGCGAGUUCACACCCGGGAACGCCCAUAUCAAUGUCCGCACUGUGAAAAGCGCUUUUCCCAGCAUGGACAACUGGUAAUUCACAUCAGGCGACACACGGGCGAAAAACCCUACGUGUGUUCCCACUGCAACAAGGGAUUCACUUGCUCUAAGGUGCUCAAAAUCCACGUAAGAACUCACACGGGUGAGAAACCCUUUCAAUGCGAACACUGCCAAAAAGGAUUCGCUGCUUACGCCAAUCUUGUUGUUCACCGGCGAAUCCAUACACGAGAACGGCCCUACGUGUGUCAUCUGUGCGGCAGAGCCUUCGAGCACUCGGGAAACCUGAGUCGCCACGUUCGUGUGCACCGCGCGGAAAGCGGCGUCAGAUGCAUUCCCUGCGGCCAAGUAUUCCCUUGCGACAAGGACCUCAUCACCCACACGGGCCAGCAUCAUCCAAACGAACACACGCGCGACGAGGACGUUGACGUAGAGAGUCCUGUGGCUCCUGUGGUCACCACCAUCAACAUGCAGGACCUGGAGCCAUUCCAGCCGCCCUCAGCGCCACAACCAGAGCCGCCACAACACAGUGAGUCGCAGUUCACAGUCCUCACUCCUCUGGCACCCCCUGCUGUCCCUAUUCCAGUAACACAAGUAGAGAGCAUCCACACCCCCAUGCCACAGCCGCCACCGCCUGAGGAAGGGCCAGCAGACACAAGUAUCACCGUGAGUGAUUGUGAGGACUCGGGUUUGGAGUCAGGUGGGAGUGUGGGAUAUGCUACUUCCCCUGACCAAGCCUAUGAUCGCCCCAUGCACCAGUCACCCGAAGCCAACAAGGCGGAGGAACAAGUGGCCAAAUCCUCAGAACUAAAAGUCUCGACAAACUCGACAAUAUCUAAGUCUGCCGCGGUGCCUCGGGAUGGCGGAGUGGCGACAAUCUUCCCUCCCGAGGCACCGACACCUGCCCCGACCUUCAGAAUGCCACCCAAGAAGCAGCAAUACCCAGGAGCUCGCUCUCCACUCAGUGUGUUGCGGACAGCACUGUCUUCCCAGACGCCCCAGCCACAGGACGCAGCCACCCCAGCCACACCGACCACGGGCCACCACCUCACCAUCCUCACACCCCCGACAGUCACUCUCCCGUCGGAGAUGGCUCUCAUGCCAGAGGCCAACGGACCCAAUUCCCCUCAUCUGAACAUGCACCAGCUUUCCCUCAACCACCAGCCUGGUGCUGCAAUCACCCCGGUGGGUCUGGCGGCGGACCCAUAUUCCCGCCUACAGCCACAUCCCCCGGGAGGCGAGGCUCACCCAGAAGAGACUCACAGGGACGCUGUGUACAGAGCCUCCCUGCCAGUGCAAUACUCGUCCAACGGUGGCGACGUAAACCCCCUGGAUCUCUCCCAGCCGCCCUUCAGCCACAGAAGUCUUGGUCCAGCGGAUACAACGCCAUUAAACCUUUCUCAGAGACUCGCGGGAGGGUCUGGCGCGUCUGCUGAGUCAUGCGUUGUGAGUUACAGCGAGUCACACCCAUCUACAUCCACACACCAACUGCUGGUUCCUGCCCCCAUGUAUCCACUUCCACAAAACCUCCCUUCGCCUCCCAUGCAAAGAACAAACGUACUCAGAAGAAAGUCCGAAGAUGUUGCUCACGCUGACUCCAAGAAAAACAAGACGCGAAAAAUGGCUCCCCCGCCACUCAUCCCCAUACACGCCUCUGAGGAGUCUUCCAGCGGCGCCCCCACAUCCUCCCCCUCCGCCCCGGCCCUACCUCCCCCGCCACCCCCAACAGCCCAGCCUCCACAGACCACACCACACUCACCACAGUCCACCCAACAACAACAACAGCCACAACAACCACCACCACCACCAUCACACCUGUAUCCACCAUCCACGAUGUCUGCUGCUGCUCACACCUACCCCGUCCCCCCUCACCACCCCGCGCCUCACCUGCCCCUACCCUACCCGCCCAUCUCUCUGGUGCCGACUAUCGCCCUCACCAGGACGGUCUCCAGCACCCAGCCUCACGCCCCACCCUCCUGCCACUCCAUGCCGCCGCACACCGCGGCACCUCCACUGCCGCGAUCCAAAGUAGAGGACGUGGAGGUCAUUGUGGAUGACGACAUUCCUAACGAAAAGUUCCUACCGUGUCUCCAGAAGACGAAGAUUGGCAUGGGCGUGCCGCCAUCACCCCUGGACAGCAUCAGGGAAAACAUCCAGAGGUCUUUGUUUUCCCUCAUGCCGGGGGAACACGAGGCUGACGCCUUCAAGCGGAAGGUGGAGACAGCCUUGGUGGCGCUGGUGGGCGAGGUCCCCAUGAAGCAGCUCGGAUACCCCGAGAAGACAGCGGAGCAGGUUCUCAUCACUAUCCUGGACAUGGCGAGGAAGAGCCCGUGUGCCGACGUGCGGGUGGACGAGCUGCAACGCCUCAAGGUCAACAUGCGUAAGUUCCUGGAGUACGGCUUUCCCUCAGCCAGCAGCUGGGAGGAGUUGGGCUGGAGCGGCCGGUCCAUAGACGCCAUCAUCGACAACAUCAUCUCGUGGAUCAGUCGCAAGAAGCAGGGCGACCUGAGGGCUUGUAGUGGACGACUACUGGAGGAGGGGGCGACGAAAAUGCUAGUAGGAGCAGGUGCAGGGGCGGGGAUGGCGGGGACUGACAGUGAGGACAUUAAGGUAAACGGGACCCCUCUGAAGGCAUCCUAGCGAUGGCACUCCGGCCUGCUGGCAUCAUGCUAAGAGUGAGAGGCAGUGCCAGCAGUCCUUGCUUGUCUUAUGUCGUGUCGUGUACAAAUAUUUAUCUUAUUUAUUUGUUUAUAUGAAAUACAUGAGUGAAAACUUUA